GCGGCGCUGCUGCGGCCCCGCGGCGGGGAGGCGGCGGCCAGGCUGGGCUACCACAAGAAGGUGGUGGAUCACUACGAGAACCCGCGCAAUGUCGGCUCUCUCGACCGGAACGCCAAGAACGUGGGCACCGGCCUGGUGGGUGCCCCGGCCUGCGGCGACGUCAUGAAGCUGCAGGUGGAAGUGGACGAGAACGGGAAGAUCGUCGAUGCCCGUUUCAAAACCUUUGGCUGCGGAUCAGCGAUAGCCUCGAGUUCGCUGGCAACGGAGUGGGUGAAAGGGAAAACGGUUGACGAAGCGUUGCAAAUCAAGAACACAGAUAUUGCUAAAGAACUCUGCCUUCCCCCCGUCAAACUGCACUGCUCCAUGCUGGCUGAAGAUGCAAUCAAGGCUGCCUUGGCUGAUUACAAGUUGAAGCAGGAUCCAAACAAAGAAGAGCCGGAGAAGAAAGCAAACAACGCCUGAACUGACUGUAAAGCUUGUUCUCAUUCCAGUUAAAUUUGCAGUGCAAUUAUUCUAGCUGUUAGUAGGAUCCUGUGCACUACUAAAUGAAGCUGUAAGAUACGCACAACUUACGCACAACGUGUCACUGUUCAUUUGUGUACGGCCACUCCUGUAGCGCUUACACGACUGGGACGGGGCUGUCUCAGCAGCCUGCGUCCUGUCGCGACUGUGUUUGAAAUAUUAGACUGCUCAGCUGCAGAGAACGUGGUGGCUUCUCUCAGGAGGGAAAAUCCUGCUGUUCUGGUACUGGAAGGGCUGCACUUUUUUUUUUUUUUUUUUUUUUUUUUUUUUUUUGGAAGAUGUAUAGUUUUUGCCUAAUCUUCUACAAAAUUUAGCGGGAAACGUUGCCUUGCUCUUAACGUUUAUGUGACAACUGCGGAUCACUCUGUGUAUCGAUGCUACAUACAAACGUGGGGCAGCGCCUCUGCCUGCAAACUA